GUGUUUCAUUGGAGACUCGGGAGUUUUUCACUGAGGCAGGGGUCAGCUGAAAGACAAAGAAAAAUGGCGAAUAGUUUGCUGGGAGGGCAGCUGUUCGGUUUUGCACUGCAGUGGACAUUCCUGAACCAUUUUUCUGCAUCUCCUGCUGCCUUUGUUUCUUCCUCCUUUUUUGUGGGGGAGGGCUAGGAAUGACUAAAUUCUCCCUGUCUGGAGAAGCAUAAUUAUUUGCAUGUAAAAUUAAUGCAGUUCCUGACAAGGCUGCCUCAGCUUCCUGCAACUUUUGGGUUAUGUCAGUAAUAAUCCAAAUUAAAGAGGGUGUUACCAAAAUGUCCACAGAUGGUGGUUUUGGCGCAGCUGGCAGUAGCGAUGCUCAGCAGAGUCUUCAGUCUUUCUGGCCUCGGGUUAUGGAGGAGAUACGAAAUCUAACAGUGAAAGACUUCAGAGUACAGGAGCUCCCACUGGCUCGUAUUAAGAAGAUUAUGAAACUGGAUGAAGAUGUGAAGAUGAUUAGUGCUGAAGCUCCUGUGCUGUUUGCCAAGGCUGCUCAAAUAUUCAUAACAGAGUUGACGUUACGAGCAUGGAUACACACUGAAGACAACAAACGCAGGACACUGCAGAGGAAUGACAUAGCCAUGGCAAUUACCAAAUUCGAUCAAUUCGAUUUUCUCAUUGAUAUUGUUCCAAGAGAUGAACUGAAGCCUCCAAAACGUCAGGAAGAAGUGCGUCAGGCUGUGACUCCAGCCGAACCUGUCCAGUACUAUUUCACUCUUGCUCAGCAGCCUGCCGCAGUACAGGUACAAGGGCAACAGCAAGGACAACAGACCACCACAUCUACAACUACCAUCCAACCAGGACAGAUAAUCAUUGCUCAGCCUCAGCAGGGGCAGACUACCCCAGUGACCAUGCAGGUUGGCGAGGGUCAGCAGGUACAGAUUGUCCAGGCACAGCCCCAAGGACAAACACAGCAGGCUCAGAGUGGAACUGGGCAGACUAUGCAAGUCAUGCAGCAGAUCAUCACCAACACUGGAGAAAUCCAGCAAAUACCGGUUCAGUUGAAUGCUGGCCAGCUGCAGUAUAUCCGCUUAGCUCAGCCUGUGUCGGGCACCCAGGUAGUCCAGGGACAGAUCCAGACACUUGCAACUAAUGCACAGCAGAUCACACAGACAGAAGUCCAGCAAGGACAGCAGCAGUUCAGCCAGUUCACGGAUGGACAGCAACUCUAUCAAAUUCAGCAAGUAACCAUGCCUGCAGGUCAGGAAAUCACCCAGCCCAUGUUUAUUCAGUCCACCAAUCAGACCUCUGAUGGACAAACAACACAGGUGACGGGGGACUGAAAAGCUUCACUAGGAAGUAUUCUGUGGGUGUGGAAACUGGCUCACACCAGCCUAACUUCUGCCAUACCAACCUCGUCUGAUGAUCACAUCCUCUUCUGUGUAUCUGUACUUGAUAUUAAGCCUAUAGUAGGCUAUGAUCUCUGGUGCAUUAUAUGCCCUUCUCUGAUGGGUAUGAGAGAACAUCCAACAGAAACUGAAAAGGAUGCAAUAUUUUUUUUUUAAGGAAACCAACAUUUCACCAUAUUCCGUUGCUUGUCCAAGCCUAUGAAACUGAAAAUAAUUAAGCAAAAAGAAAUGUAUAGUAUCAUAUUGGACAAUGUAGUCGAACAUUUUUUUUCUCCAGUAAAAUUUUUUUAAAGGGUACUGCGUCUUGUUUUUCAAAAGAGCUUUAUUCCCAGUAUCCUGUUUGUACUCGACUCUGAAUAGAAAUAGACAAAGUCAUCCCAUCCUGUUAGCUCAGUAGGGGUGUGCGUGCGUGUGUUUUUGGGAGACUUUCCUCUCCUGCCUCCUUUUUUGGUAAGCUUGAACAUUGGAUAUUUGCAGCUUUUGGAAAAAUACAUUCCUUGUGUUACGAGAAAAGUAUUUUCUAAGGACAAAAGAGGCUUUAACUUGGCCUGGUUUAUUCCAGAAACACUAAGGGAAAUCUGGAAACAAAAAAAUGUUGCUAACUGUUGUGAUAGUUUGUCAGUGCAUGUAUUAUAAGCUUCAUAAAACGCAAUAAAUUUUCUUUUUAGAUAA